AUGUACCUCAACACGAUAGUGUACAUCAGCGGACUGGGCGUGUGCAGCGUCUUUGGCGUCAUUUGCUCCAUCGCUCUCACCAUCAUACCCGGCGCUCAGCGACUCAACACGAACUACUACGUGGCCAGGUCAUUCUACCUCUACGCCGGUACGCUCACAGGAAUCAGGUAUCACGUCGAGGGAGAGGAAAACUUCGAAAAGGGCAGACCAGGUGUGCUGGUCGGCAACCAUCAGACUGGCAUCGACAUCCUGUACCUCGGUCGCAUCUUCCCCAAGAUGGCGUCCAUCAUGGCAAAGCAAGAACUCAAGUAUGCUCCUUUGCUGGGCCAGUUUAGUGAGUGGGUCUUUGAAAGUGCACAGCAGGCAAGACAGAUCCGUGUCUGGCGCAAGGAAAAAGCCUUAUUGCUGUUGCUCAUGCACCACCUCGCAUUACCUUCAGUGUCGCUGUCUGGAGCUGUGUUCAUCGAUCGCAAGAACAGACACGACGCGGUUAAAGCCUUCAAUCAGGUUGGCGCGGAGAUGAAGAAGCGAAAGGUGAGGGCGCUAUGCUAACCCUAAGCCAGUCGGUACGCGUGUAUGCGGGCGGAGGCUCACGUGCACACUGGCUACUCUCGCUCUUCGCUUCGCUCCUGCAGCUUUCUCUAUGGAUCUUCCCCGAGGGCACUCGCUCCAAUCUGCCUUUCCCUGAUCUUCUGCCUUUCAAGAAGGGAGCGUUCCAUCUUGCCGUUCAGGCACAGGUGCCUAUUGUCCCUGUGGUGUGCGAGAACUACAAUCGCCUCUUUGACGGCAAGACGCGAUUUGAGGGCGGCACAAUCCGAAUCAAGGGUGAGUACUAUUUGCUACAUUCAGUUCAAAGCUCGUGUGCAAGCCACAUUGAGAGAUUCACAUAUGGUGUCCUACCUUGACCGUAGUCUUGGAGCCGAUUUCCACCCAAGGACUAGGCAAAGAUGACGUCAACGACCUGACCACGCGAGUGCGAGAGCUCAUGCUAAAAGAACUGAAGGAGAUGGAUGCGCAAAGGGACUCGUUCGAUACCUCAUCCAUAGCCACGCGGCCGCCCUCCUCUACCAGAUCAGGUGGCUCGCUUUCGGUCCCUUCGAACGUGGGCAUCGGUCCUGAAGGCCUUGGCGGUAUCGCUGGAUUCAUGGCGCGCAUUGUUGGGACGGGGCAUGGAAGGGACUUGGGAGCUGCUGCACGCAAAGAUUCGGAAAGGUUGCGCAGAGCUGGAACUUCGGGACAGAGACCGGACGACUAUGGCCUCUUGUCGGAAUCUGCAAAAGCUUCGGGAGUCCAGCAGGGAGCCGCAUCGACGGGCGCUGUCGAGAGCGCUGCAAAGACAUCCGAUCAGCCUGCUGGAAGCACCAACCGAAGACCCGCUUCUUCUGUCAGAGAUCCGAAUGGGAGCGGAUCGGACGAGACGGAUGGCAGCACUGUGCUGGUCGGCCGACCCGCCGUCUGA